AUGGGUUCAAGAUUCGGCCCCCCGUGUAAAGUCAGGCAGUGUUCUGAAUGUGAGGGGGACACAGAAUUCUACUGUAACACAUGUGAACAUGACCUGUGUCUACUGUGUAAAGAGAGACAUGUUAUUGAUCUAGAUACCAUAUACCAUGAUGUUGUGAUUUACCGUGAGAAAUUUGAAUACAUUACAAAACAAGAGACUUGUGAGAGACAUCCAGGCAUGUUUUAUCAAAAGUACUGUCAUUCUUGUAAAAUUUCUAUCUGUUCCCACUGUGUAGAACACGGACAUUACGACAUACAAGACAUUAGAACAGCAUACAAAACAAACCGUCAAGAACACAGUGAAAUCAUUCACAACAUCAGAAGUGAGACUCUCUAUAACAGUUCUUGUGUUCUGGCAGGAAUCAAAUCUGAUAUAAAACAUUGUCACACAGAAAUAUGCAACAAUCAGUCAAAGAUGUUAAUAAAAGCUCAGAAACUAAGGAACCUCAAAGACACUGUGAUGUGUGAUAUUAAAAUCAGACGCAAAAGAUUAAUUCAAAGUUUACAACAGCAGAAGAAACAUCUUUCCAACAUAGUAAACUUUGAACACAGAGCUGAACAGUUAGCAAACAGACCGCUAAAAUUUAUCAUGUUACAAAAGACAAUUCAUGUUCACAAGUUAAUGGACACGCCAAGUCUAAAAAAAAUUGCCCUGGUCUGCCUGAUUGAAGAAAUCAACGUAGAGAAUGUGACUGAUUUACUGGCUAAAAUCCAAAUAAUAGAGACAGGAAAAAGACAAGUGAGAAAUGAAUGUCUGCUGAAACUGAUGUCUACACCUGUAUUACACAGGUGUGUCAAAUUGCUAGGCAAAAUACAUGUAUUUCAUAUUUCCGGUGUGACACCAGACCGGGUCUGGAUCAGUGAUGGUGAUAAUUUUAUCUUGAUAAACUCAGAGGGUGACAUACUACAUCAUGUGACAGAUGUACCGAGCGUGUGGGGACAACACACUGUAAAUCUUACUGGUGAUCUUAUUUACAUAGACAGGGAUGGUAACAUUAUCAAACUCUCUAAAGAUAACAGAACAAAGUCUACAUUGAUAAAAAAAACAGAAUCAUGGAUACCACGGUGUAUCUACUCCUCCCACCUCAACGGCGAUUUACUGAUCGGAAUGUGGUCCUACAACACAGGCGUUAUAACACGCUAUAAUGACCUACGAUAUCAUAAACAGACAAUGCGGAAAGACAAUAAAGGCCAGGAACUGUAUUCUGAUCCUAUCUACAUCUCAGAGAACCGCAAUGGAGAUGUUAUUGUGUCUGACAUAGGCAGUGGUGCUGUAGUGGUGACAGAGAGUGGAGGAAGACAUCGCUUCUCCUACACAGGACACCCAUCAGGAUCCUGGCUAAGUCCACGAGGAAUCUGUUCAGACGCUCUGUCACACAUCCUGGUGUGUGAUUUUAUCACCGACACAAUACAUAUGCUUGACAGCGACGGUCACUUCCUGUUACAGAUACUGACACGACUACAAGGAAUAAAUGUACAAAUGGGCCUGAGUUAUGACGACAAAAGUCAUCUUCUCUGGGUUGGAUUAUCGUUCGGGGAAAAGAAAGUGCGUGUAUACAGAUACAUAGAGAGAUAUGACUAUUUACAAUACAUAACAAGUCAGAGUAAAAUAGAUAUAUGA